AUGUAUCCGCGAAGCAACGCAUCGAGCCAGUCCAGCGAUCGCACGCAAGUCCGAUCCGCACUGGGCUCUUUGAAGCGAUCAUGGUCGGGCAACCAACAGGAUCUCGGCUCAUCGACUCAGAGCACAGCUAGGAAAUCGACGACGGGACAUCAAUCCAGCCAGGAGUUCUUUUUCGAUUGGUCUGACUCACCGUCGCCACCACGCAGGGGCGCACAGGCGAACUCACAUGGCGUUGACUCGGACAAGGAAAAUGGUGCCUCUGAACCCUCGGAGAAGAGGACUAAAAGCGCUGCAGGUCCGAUCCAAGCGUCAUCGUCGAAAACUUCAGUGCAGCCGCAAAAUGGGUUCGUAUCGGCUUCCAGCAUCCACCGAGGCUCCCGCCACGGAAGCGAUACACAUACCUAUGCCGGAGAUUCCCAUCGUCCUUAUGCCGAAUCGUACUCUGGCCGUUCGUCCCACCCGUCCAGGAGCGUUGAUCUCAUCACGCAGUUCUCGUACGAUCGACAACAAGCUCGGAGUGGACUUCCAAUGAGCGCAUCAGGUACCGACAGGGGCAGUGCUCCAAACUCAGCAACCGGAUCCUCGAACGCGUAUGCCCGCACAUCAUCGGCACACUCGAUGUCAUGGAUGAAGACGGCGUCCCAGCUCAAGAACGAAAGGCGCAACGACCCCGCGGCAUACCAGGCCAGCUCUCUGAUCCCGUCGAGCGGCCAAGCAGACUCUCUGAACAUCAACAAGAGCGUCAACAAGAUCUUCCUGUCACAGGAGCAGCGCAAAGUGCUGCAUAUGGUAGUCGAAGAAGGCAAGAACGUCUUCUUCACUGGCUCGGCCGGUACGGGUAAAUCGGUGCUGCUGAGGGAGAUCAUCAAGGAGCUACGUCGCAAGCACGCCAAGCGGCCCGAUUCUGUCGCCGUCACCGCAUCCACGGGCAUUGCUGCGUGCAACAUUGGCGGUGUCACCAUCCACAGCUUUGCUGGUAUUGGUCUGGGCAAAGAGGCAGUUACACCGCUGCUCAACAAGGUCCGUAAGCAGCGUAAGGCGCUAGGCCGUUGGCAGCGCACACAGGUACUCAUUAUUGACGAGGUCUCAAUGGUGGAUCCGGCGCUCCUCGACAAGCUGGAGGAGAUCGCGAGGCUCAUUCGAAAGAAGCCAGACAAGCCCUUUGGUGGCAUCCAGCUAGUGAUCACGGGCGACUUUUUCCAGCUGCCGCCCGUCAACCCGGGAGGCAGCGUCACGUUUGCCUUUGACGCACAGUGCUGGGACCGAGUGGUGCAGCACAAGGUCAACUUGACCCAGGUAUUCCGACAAAAGGACCAGUCGUUUGUCACCAUGCUCAACGAGAUGCGCUUUGGCAAGUUGUCGCAAAAGACAAUCGAUGCUUUCCGAAAACUAGAGAGGGUGCCCAAGUACGACAACGAUAUCAUGCCCACCGAGCUCUUCCCAAUGCGCAAUGAGGUAGACAGAGCCAACGCGUCGCGUCUCAUGGCGCUUCAGGCUGAGGGUCAGACCUACCGAGCGCAGGACGGCGGCACUUUGACUGGCGAGGCGCGUGAUAGAAUCUUGUCACACUCGAUUGCAGUGCCGGUGCUUUCCCUCAAGAAAGGGGCGCAGGUGAUGCUGAUCAAGAAUUUGGACGAAACGCUCGUCAACGGCUCAGUUGGCAAGGUGAUCGACUUCAUGGACGACGCGGACUACGACAAGCAGACGGGCGCAUUGGAAGCUGGUGAGCAACAGAGGGAGGACCGAGACAAGGCGCCACGUAUCUCGACGCGAAAAUGGCCGCUGGUGCGCUUCCAUCUGCCCAACGGACAGACUCGAGACUACCUCGCUCGCCCAGAGUCGUGGAAGACCGAGCUACCGAAUGGCGAGGUGCAGGCGUCCAGGACGCAAGUGCCUCUCAUCUUGGCUUGGGCUAUGUCGAUUCACAAGUCGCAAGGACAGACUCUGCCGUGCUGCAAGAUUGACCUCAACCGCGUGUUUGAGAAGGGACAGGCAUACGUCGCCCUAUCGCGGGCCACGUCGCUCGAAGGUCUACAGGUUCUUGGGUUCCGACCGGACAAGGUGAUGGCGCAUCCCAGGGUCAUUCAAUGGAGUCAAUCGCUGAUCGCGCUCAGCGACUGA